ACAUGGCCGCAUUCACUGUAUGCCAGAGAAGCUGAUGCUCUCCUUGUCGCGCAACCACCUCCCCAUGUUAAUGGAGUUCAUCGAUAAUAACGACAAUUAGCAGGAUGAGAGAAUUACAGAAUUCUUCCAGGAACGAAGAAGCGUCAAAAAUAAGAAAAGGCCAAUCCUGCUGCUCUGCCUUGGAGUUCCUCUACCUCAUGUGGUAUAAGGUUUCACUACCAGUGGGAGAGGAACCAGUUUCUGUGGAGAGAAUUUGGUGGUAGUAAUGAUGAUGAUGGGAUGCGAUGGACGGUUGUAAGAGGUAGGUGCGCAGAAAUGGCUGGUGGGAGGGAGAGGGCGGAAAGGAAGAAGAUGGAGUCAUCGGGGUCCGGCGCCUUCUUCUUGGCCACGUUAAUCUUGUGGGCAGUGUCUGUGCUCUUCGAGAUCGUGUUCAACGGUAGGAGGGAGCUCUUGGUCGUGCUGUGGGGCUGCCUCUUCUUCCAGGGGGCCAACUGGAUCCUCCGUCUUACUGUCUCUAAGGACCCGCUCUUCGUCAAUACCUGCGUUUCCUUGCUUCAUUCCUCGUUCUCCUCCCUCUUUGUUGUACUGAUAUUGGCAAAUGAAUGGAUGAAGAAGGGUAUCAAGGAGAUGUUUGAACACAAGCAGUUAGUUGAUGGCUUGUGGUCUGGUGCAUACUCUGCAUUGUGCUUCUCCUGUGGUUACUUUGCAUAUGAUCAGUGGGACAUGCUGCAUUAUCGAUUGUAUAGCGGCUGGAUCCCUUCCAUCUUGUUACACCAUUUGGUCCUGCUCAUCUGCUUUACUCUUGCCCUGUAUAGGAACAUUACGAUCAACUACCUUAUCCUGUCUCUUGUGUGUGAGCUACAUUCGAUCUUCUUGCAUCUAAGGAAAAUACGCAGAAUGUCAGGAGUUCGUGAUGGGAAAAUGAGAGUCGUGCAAUUGGAGUGGGUGUUCAACUGGCUGGCAUUCUUUACAGCCAGGCUAGUAUGCCAUGUCCUCAUCACCUAUAAGCUCAUUAGAGAUGCUCACAAGUUUGAGAGAGGUGUGGCCCUCCCACUUGCUCUGACUGGCAUGGCUGGAAUGAAUCUGCUCAACUUUUUUCUUGGGCGAGACCUCUUGAAAGCAUACAGGCGGGAGCAAGCUCAAGUUCAUGGGAACUGAAAUCAGCUGCUUCUCUUUGCCCCGUCUCUUCCUAAUGAUAUAGGCUUUUUCACAAGAACAAAUCCAGUCUGAAGUAUCCAAUGAUGCUUCCUCCAGCUACAUCUACAAUGACUGAAAGCAAACUGUGCAGCGCCACCUGUCUCUUUGAAUCAUGGACGGUGUAAAAUGUAAACUUGUGAUAAGAAGCAAGCUGAUUUCCUUGUAACAUGAAACUUUCUCGUUAACAAGUACUCAUGAUAAGAUUCUUAUGGCCA